AUGCCUCCACAGAUCAAGCAUGAUCUUAACCGCUCCGGCUGGGAGUCGACUGAUUUCCCAUCCGUUUGCGAGAACUGCCUUCCCGAGAAUCCGUACGUGCAGAUGAUUAAGGAAGACCAUGGCGCAGAAUGCAAGAUUUGCACGCGCCCCUUCACUGUCUUCCGCUGGAAAGCCGAUCGGACUUCUCGUCAGAAGCGAUCCAUCAUUUGUCUGACUUGCGCGCGCCUGAAGAACUGCUGUCAGUGCUGCAUGCUGGAUCUUUCGUUCGGUCUUCCCAUCGUCGUCCGUGAUGCCGCCCUUAAGAUGGUCGCCCCUGGACCUGAGAGUUCCAUCAACCGCGAGUACUAUGCGCAGAAUAACGAAAAGGAGAUCGAAGAAGGCCGUGGUGCAAUCGAAGAAUACGAGAAAACAGACGACAAGGCUCGCGAGCUGUUGCGCCGCCUCGCAAACAGUGAGCCAUAUUACCGCAAGCCUCGACGGAUCGAAGCACCUGCCGAAGGGGAGGAACGUGAGGAAUCUACAUCAACAGACCAACCACGAACAAACAGCCGCUAUGGAAACGGGCCAGGUCCGAUUCGCACGAGUGAAAGCCGCACCGGCAACCGACUGCCAGGCCGUGGGGGGCGAGGUGGUGGCCGAGGUGGCCGCCCAUUCCCCAGUACCACUCAAUUGCCUCCUUCGCCUGCGGAUAUUCUGCCACCUUCAGACCCCAACAUCACUUCGUUGUUCAUUACAGGUGUUGAAGACGAUCUCCCUGAACAUGCACUACGCACAUUCUUCAGUGAAUUCGGCCAGCUUCGGUCGCUGAUCUGCUCUCACCGCUCCCACUGCGCAUUCAUCAACUAUGUCAAUCGCGCGGAUGCCGAAACCGCCGCACACCACUGUCAAGGCAAGGCCAUUAUCCAGGGCUGCCCUCUGCGCGUUCGCUGGGGAAAGCCCAAGCCCUUGGAUAACUUGGACCGAGAGGAGAGGAUGAAUAAUGCCCGCGAGGGCCGCCAGGCCGUGGGGUCAGUCAACAAGGGCAAACAGCCAGAUCGACGAGCUAUUGCGGGCGCGGGAGACAAUGCUACCCAGGAGAAGGCUCAAGCUCACGUUGUUGCACCUCCGCCCGGAUCAGGCGAAGUUCAGUACGCCAGUCUGAAUGGCGAUUAA